UUCUCAACAAAACCUAUCCAGACGCUAAAACCCAUAUAGAAAAAUCAAAACUUUGGUCUGGGCAAACAUGAGGAAUCAACCUCAAUCUUUCAUCAACUCGAAGCUCAUAUUCAUCUGUUGCUCAACCUUGGUCUUGCUUAUCUUCUUCUUGAAAAGAACAAGCAUCUCUUCCUCUUCAGUCUCUCAUUCAAACACACGAGAGGAACAACACCAAAACACUAAAUGCCCAUCACAAUGCACAAAAUUGCCCACUUCCCUAUCCGACGCAUUGGUUCACUACGUCACCACAGAGAUCACUCCACAACAAACUUUUAACGAAGUCUCUGUCUCAAAGAGAAUCUUGGACAAGAAAUCUCCUUGUAACUUCCUUGUUUUCGGCUUAGGACACGAUAGCUUGAUGUGGGCAUCUCUCAAUCACGCUGGUCGCACAUUGUUUCUUGAGGAAGAUAAAGCUUGGAUCGAGACCGUGACCAAGAAAUUCCCAAGCUUAGAAUCAUACCACGUCGUUUACGACACGAAACUCAAAGAUUCGAACAAACUCAUCGAGCUAGAGAAAACAGAGGACUGCAAAUCCGUGUCUGAUCCGAGAGACUCGAAAUGUGCCUUGUCGCUCAAGGGUUUUCCAGCUGACGUUUACGAGACGCAAUGGGAUCUGAUAAUGGUGGAUGCUCCUACUGGGUAUCACGACGAAGCUCCGGGGAGGAUGAGUGCUAUUUACACGGCGGGUCUUUUGGCUCGCAACCGUUUUGACGGCGGCGAGACCGACGUUUUCGUUCACGACGUUAAUCGGCCGGUGGAAGACGAGUUCUCGGCGGCGUUCUUGUGCAGAGGAUACUUGAAGGAGCAGCAAGGGAGACUCAGACAUUUCACCAUCCCUAGUCAUCGGAGUCGCUCCGGUACACCGUUUUGUCCGGCGGAUAAGAGUCGCCGGUUUUGA